AUGAUCCUACUAAUUGGACUCGCCGCAUUAGCAGUCCACUCACAUGCACAAUCCGUCAUCACUCUAACUCCCUCUCCCAACCCACCUCCCGGCGCUUCGCGUCCUGGAAACCACAACUUCCCCAGUCUCGCAUUCGAAAAGUCUUCGUUCUACGCCUAUGCGGGCAACUCCACCCACCCCAACCUCUUCUCCCAAGCCCUCAUCGACAUCCUGCAAUCCAAAGACCACUACAACGCCUCCCAAGCCGCCGCAGUCGUCAAACCGCACCCGCCGGACCCAAAUGGCGGCCUCUGGGGCUACUCCAUCGGCCCGAGCUACUUCGACGCGCUGGCGAACUUCAAUUCGUCCAAGUACAUCUGGAUGCUGCCCAUGGCGCACGCUGCCGGCCUACACAUGGGUGCCGAGGCAUUAACGCAGGCGAAGCUGGCGCUACGCAACAUUGGCUCAAAGCUGCAGCUGCUGGAGCUGGGGAACGAGCCGAAUCUUUACCAUGAGCAGGGGAUGCACGGCGCGCAGUAUGAUGUAGCGCGGUACUUAAGCGAGGCGCUGCAGCACGAGGCGGACAUCGAGGGGAAUGUUACGGCGGUGAAGAGGGUGAAGUAUCAGGCGUUGGCGUAUGAUUCUGGGGUCAGCCAUGCGGUGUGGAACGAGGAGAAGGCGUUUGGGGCGGGGAUCAAUCGGAAUGCGAGGAUUGGGAGUGUCUCGUGGCAUUAUUAUCAGAGUGUGUCGAGUGGUGGCGUUACGCUGAGGAAGACGCUUAUGAACCACACAGCAACCGUCACAAAGCUUUCGCGCUUCAUCCCGAAUAUCAGGCACCUAUACAACCGCAACGCAAACCUUGACUUCGUCCUCGGCGAGGUCGGCAGCGUCAUCGGGCCGGAGCUGAAAUGGGACGUCUAA